CUAAAAAACAAGCCAGAAAUACUGUAAUAGAUAAACAUACUGAUACAAACAGAAAACUCUUAAAUAACUUGAUUGUUUAUGCAUUUUUUACACAAAUCGGUUGUCCUUUGGCAUCUGAACUGCACUUUAACCCUUGUUCACAACAACCUUUCGCACUGCCACAAGGUGUAUCUUCAGGUUCACAAGCAUCAGCAGGGCAUAAGUUUCCGGAAACACAUG